AAUAAUUCAUUAGUAAACCAAAAACAUAUUCAUUUCGGUGGGAAGAAUGUACGUGCUAUUGAAUUAAUAUUACGUUAUGUAUCAGAUUUAACACAUAUGUAUACGGGUUUUGACAAUUUCUGUGAAGCAUAUAACAAUACAAUACGUUCAAUACUAUUACAAGAACAUGAUACUGAUAGUGCAGAACUAAAAAAUCAGAUAUUGCUAGAAAGACGAGUAUUCGAAAAUACAUGGUUGAUUUAUGGCACAGCAUUAUUUACAUUCUUUUCAUCAACAAAAAGUCAUUUGGAAAUUCCAUUAAAUAUUAGUAAUAGAGAGGAACAUAAUCAAUAUUUUGAAUGUAAUUUCAAAAGAUGGGAAAAAGAUUUUACCACAUUUUGGACAAACCAUUUUACUACACAUAGAUGUUGUUCUCAAUGCACAUUAGCUCUAGUGGUGGAUGGUUUUCAAAAACCCGACAGAUUUAUUUGUCAAUAUACCGAAGAAACAAUAAGUUCUCCAGAAUUAGGAACGCUUCAGUGGGGCUGUGGUAUUCGUCCAGAAAUGAUACCUGACAAAGAUAAUCCCGGUUACUGGAUCAGUACAACGUACUGUCCUAAACAUAUUCAUUUGGCUAAAAACACAAUUCAUCAAUUGAAACCACAAUCGUCAACGCUAAUUAGUGACGAUUAUGAAGAUAUCGAUUGUAAUGUAGCAAGAACCGAUCGCUACUCGGCACGAGCAACAUCUCAUGGAAUAAUUUUGACAACUACAAAUUGUGGAAUUAUUGUCGGCUUCCAUGAAUUAUAUAGAGCAGAAUCCCCCAUGAGAGUAUUACACCAUAUAUUUUCGAUAAUUGAACGUUUUUCACCAUCAGUAUCUUUACCGAAAUAUUUAAUAUACGAUAAUGCAUGUGGUUUAUUCUUAACAUUUGAUAACAGAAUCAAAAAUGGAAAAAGUAAGCACCCAUUCAUCUCCUAAUCAAAAUCGUCAAAAAAUCGUCAGCGUAAGGCCCGAUGUCAAAACUCUGUUUUCGUUAGAGAACAUCCGAUCUUGAUGGAAUUUCCAGUAAAUGUUAGUCUUGUCACACAAGGUCAUUCUAUGAGCUAGAAAUCUCUGAUUAGUCUCAAAAUGUGGUCAAUACUUUUCUCUAAGACAUAAGAAAGCCAGACUUUUGAUUUCCUUUUCUGUUUCUAUGAAAAAUAAAGUUUUCAAAAAGUUAGUAAAAGUUUUUUCAAUCUUCGGAAGGUUUUUAUUUUUCUUGGAAACAAAAAAGGAAAUCAAAAGUCUGGCUCCCCUAUGUCUAUAUCCCCUAUGUCUUCCCUAGAAACAUAUACGUUUUUAGUCCUAUUCUAAGGAUAACUGUAGAAAAAUACAAGAUGGAGUUAUACAAUUUUUGCCACGGCUUGAUUUAUCGCAGAAUAAAAUGCCAAUAAUAGCAGUAGAAGGAUAACUACAGAAAAGUGAGACUAAAACAUUUUUUGAUUACGACGAGAGCUGGGACUGAUUUUUAAAAUUCAGUUCCAUAAAAUCCUUUAUUUAAAAACAUCGAUAUUUUCUUCUAAAAAUGUGAUGUUUUCCUAAAUAGUGAUAGAUUUUUCACAGAAACACGCAAGUUUUUCUUCGUUGUGAUUCAUAUUCAGAAAAUGUUUAACUGAAAAAUUUUAUGAGAGUAAACCUCUUUUCAGUUUUUAACCCGAAACAAGUCCCUGAGUAGACUCUCUUUUAUUAUUCGUUUUGUUGCAUUAGAUUCAAUCGCCAACACCUUUGAGUUCCAAUUAUUAUUAUACCUCUUUUGGAAUCAAUGUUGCGCAAAUUCUCGAAAAGGCUGUUCCAACAAAGGCUUUCUUGUGCUCCUCUUCUCAUUUACAGAUUCCUCGACUAGUCUGUCCAUAAUAAUAAGGAAUAAAAAAAC